UAGUGCGCAGGCGCAGUUCCCCGUCCCGGUCGCCGCCACCGCCCCCUCUUUCCGCUCCUCCACGCCGGCGCCUCGGAGACGGGCGCGACUUCCGCUUCCGGGCGGGCGGGCAGGCGGGCGGCGCGGGGCUGCCGGGGAGGGGGAGGGGGCGGCACUUCCGGUCGGGCCCUCGGGUCUCCCCGGAGCGGCGGCGCCUCCUCCGCCUCCUCGGCCUCCUCCCGGCGGAGACCCCUGCGCCGGGUCUCCCGUCGCCCACCCCGCCCAAGAUGGAGGCAAACGCAGCAGGCAGUGCCGCCGGGGGUGGUGGGGGCAGCGGCAUAGGGGGCGAGGAUGGGGUUCACUUCCAGAGCUACCCCUUCGACUUUCUGGAGUUCCUCAACCACCAGCGCUUUGAGCCCAUGGAGCUCUACGGGGAGCACGCGAAGGCGGUGGCCGCACUGCCGUGCGCCCCGGGGCCGCCGCCCCAGCCCCCACCCCAGCCCCCUCCGCCCCAGUACGACUACCCGCCCCAGUCCACCUUCAAACCCAAGGCGGAGGCGCCGUCUUCAUCGUCAUCCUCGUCCUCGUCGUCGUCCUCGUCGUCUUCCUCCUCUUCCUCCCAGGCCAAGAAGCCCGACCCGCCCCUGCCACCUGCCUUCGGGCCCCCGCCGCCCCCCCUAUUUGAUGCUGCCUUCCCCGCUCCACAGUGGGGCAUCGUCGACCUCUCUGGACACCAGCACCUUUUUGGGAACCUGAAACGCGGAGGGCCCGCCUCCGGGCCGGGGGUGACGCCAGGGCUGGCGACCCCCACCGGCACGCCGGGGCCUCUUCCCGCCCCCUCCCAGACCCCGCCGGGACCUGCCGCGGGGGCGGCCUGCGACCCGAGCAAGGACGACAAGGGCUACUUCCGCAGGCUCAAGUACCUGAUGGAGCGGCGCUUCCCGUGCGGCGUGUGCCAGAAGUCCUUCAAGCAGUCCUCGCACCUGGUCCAGCACAUGCUGGUGCACUCGGGGGAGCGGCCGUACGAGUGCGGCGUCUGCGGCCGCACCUACAACCACGUCUCCAGCCUCAUCCGCCACCGCCGCUGCCACAAGGACGUGCCGCCCACCGCCGGGGGCCCGCCGCAGCCGGGGGCGCCGCUCCCGCCGCUGGGCCUGCCCGCGCCCGUGGCCGGCGCGCCCCCCACCGCCGCCCCCAGCCCGGUCUUCAAGAAGCCCAGCCACCUGCACCAGCACCAGAUCAUCCACACCGGCGAGAAGCCCUUCUCCUGCUCCGUGUGCAGCAAGAGCUUCAACCGCAGGGAGAGCCUCAAGCGGCACGUGAAGACGCACUCGGCGGACCUCCUGCGCCUGCCGUGCGGCGUCUGCGGGAAGGCCUUCCGCGACGCCGCCUACCUGCUCAAGCACCAGGCGGCGCACGCGGGCGCGGGCGCGGCGGGGCCUCGGCCGGUGUACCCCUGCGACCUGUGCGGCAAGUCCUACUCUGCGCCCCAGAGCCUGCUCCGGCACAAGGCGGCGCACGCCCCUCCCGCCGCCCCCGACGCCCCCAAGGACGCCGCGGCCUCGGUCCCGCAGCCCCCGCCGGCCUUCCCUGCGGGCCCCUACCUCCUGCCCCCCGACCCUCCGGCCACGGACAGCGAGAAGGCCGCGGCGGCCGCGGCGGCGGUGGUCUACGGCGCCGUACCCGUCCCGCUGCUAGGGGCGCACCCGCUGCUGCUCGGCGGGGCUGGGACCAGCGGGUCGGGGGGCUCGGGCGCCAGCGUGCCUGGAAAGACCUUCUGCUGCGGCAUCUGCGGGCGCGGCUUCGGGCGGCGCGAGACUCUGAAGCGCCACGAGCGCAUCCACACGGGCGAGAAGCCCCACCAGUGCCCCGUGUGCGGGAAGCGCUUCCGGGAGUCCUUCCACCUGAGCAAGCACCACGUGGUGCACACCCGCGAGCGGCCCUACAAGUGUGAGCUCUGCGGCAAAGUCUUCGGCUACCCACAGAGCCUCACCCGCCACCGCCAGGUGCACCGGCUCCAGCUGCCCUGCGCCCUGGCCGGGGCUGCCGGCCUCCCGGCCACCCAGGGCGCACCAGGGGCCUGUGGGCCCGGCGCCUCGGCCACCUCUGCGGGGGCCGCCGAUGCACUGAGCUACGCCUGCUCGGACUGCGGGGAGCACUUCCCCGACCUCUUCCACGUGAUGAGCCACAAAGAGGCUCACAUGGCAGAGAAGCCCUAUGGCUGUGACGCGUGCGGCAAGACCUUCGGCUUCAUUGAGAAUCUCAUGUGGCACAAGCUGGUCCACCAGGCCGCCCCCGAGCGCCUGCUCCCGCCAGCACCCGGUGGCCCCCAGCCCCAGGAUGGCUCUGGCAGCGCCAACGCGGCCAGUGUGCUGGACAACGGCCUGGCGGGAGAGGUCGGGGCAGCUGUGGCUGCACUGGCUGGGGUGUCCGGGGCUGACGACGCAAGCGGGACAGCAGUGGCUGGGGGUAGUGGGGGGGCCAGUUCAGGCCCUGAGCGCUUCAGCUGUGCCACGUGUGGCCAGAGCUUCAAGCAUUUCCUGGGCCUGGUGACUCACAAGUACGUGCACCUGGUGCGGCGGACCCUAGGCUGUGGCCUCUGCGGCCAGAGCUUCGCGGGGGCCUACGACCUGCUCCUGCACCGCCGCAGCCACCGGCAGAAGCGGGGCUUCCGCUGCCCCGUGUGCGGCAAGCGCUUCUGGGAGGCGGCCCUGCUGAUGCGCCACCAGCGCUGCCACACGGAGCAGCGGCCCUACCGGUGCGGGGUGUGCGGCCGAGGCUUCCUGCGCUCCUGGUACCUGCGGCAGCAUCGCGUGGUGCACACCGGCGAGCGCGCCUUCAAGUGCGGCGUCUGCGCCAAGCGCUUCGCGCAGUCCUCCAGCCUGGCGGAGCAUCGGCGGCUGCACGCCGUGGCCCGGCCCCAGCGCUGCGGCGCCUGCGGCAAGACCUUCCGCUACCGCUCCAACCUGCUGGAACACCAGCGGCUGCACCUGGGGGAGCGCGCCUACCGCUGCGAGCACUGCGGGAAGGGCUUCUUCUACCUGAGCUCGGUCCUGCGCCACCAGCGCGCCCACGAGCCGCCGCGGCCCGAGCUCCGCUGCCCGGCCUGCCUCAAGGCCUUCAAGGACCCUGGCUACUUCCGUAAGCACCUGGCGGCCCACCAGGGCGGCCGGCCCUUCCGCUGCUCCUCCUGUGGCGAGGGCUUCGCCAACACCUAUGGCCUCAAGAAACACCGGCUGGCCCACAAAGCUGAGGGCCUGGGGGGUCCUGGGGCAGGGGCGGGCACCUUGGCGGGAAAGGACGCCUGACCAGGAGGGAGGGGUUCCGUUUGCGGCUCCAAUCAGAUGUCCCCUCCCACACUCACCCCUCCCCAGCUGCUGAUCAGAUUCUUACCCCUCCUCGCUGUUGCCCUGGCCGCCCUUCAGGACUUCGGACAGACUAGCCUCCCUUACGGCCCAUGCCCUACAGACUCAAGACUGGAUCGCUCCCAUCCUGGACCUGUCUGGCCCUCCUCUCACCCUGCCAGCCACUGAACUUGAUCCUCCGCCCAACCCCGUUUUGUAACCUUCCUCAUUCUGUCUCCCAAUAAGCUUUGGUGGAGGAUGUAGGUCUGAGCUGCCCCUCCCCAAUCCUUUGGGAUCUGGCUGGAAGGUGGAGUAUGAGCGGAGCCGGGAGGGCACAAGGGGACUGGGUGCUCUUUUGGAUUGUGGGGGUGGGGGCGGGGGGCAGACGCGGCUUGUACAGAGCGGAGAAUAAUAAAUCUUACCAACAGGG